CCCACGCUGCCCACGCUGCCCACGCUGCCCGCCCUGCCCGUCCUGCCCGCACCGCCGCCACCAUGAAGAAGCAAUUCAACCGCAUGCGCCAGCUCGCCAACCAGACCGUGGGCAGAGCUGAGAAGACAGAGGUUUUGAGUGAAGAUCUCCUGCAGGUGGAGAAGCGCCUGGAGCUGGUGAAGCAGGUGUCCCACAGCACCCACAAGAAGCUGACAGCAUGUCUGCAGGGCCAGCAAGGCGUGGAGCCUGACAAACGCUCGAAGAAGCUCCCACUGACAACGCUGGCGCAGUGCUUGGUGGAGGGGUCAGCAGUGCUGGGCGAGGACUCCCUGCUGGGGAAGAUGCUGCGGCUGUGUGGGGAGGCAGAGGACAGGCUGGCUCAGGAGCUCAUCCACUUCGAGCUGCAGGUGGAGAGGGAUGUCAUUGAGCCCCUCUUCCUGCUGGCUGAGGUGGAAAUCCCAAAUAUCCAGAAACAGAGGAAGCACUUGGCGAAGCUCGUGCUGGACAUGGACUCCUCCAGGACACGGUGGCAGCAGUCGGUGAAGUCCUCGGGGUUGGCCAGCAACCUGCAGCCCUCGGGUGCCAAAGCCGACGCUCUCAGGGAGGAGAUGGAGGAGGCAGCUAACAGAGUGGAGAUUUGCAGGGACCAGCUCUCAGCUGACAUGUACAAUUUUGUGGCCAAAGAAGUAGACUAUGCAAACUAUUUUCAAACUCUGAUCGAGGUGCAGGCAGAGUACCACAGGAAAUCCUUGGCACUCCUGCAGAACGUCCUGCCUCAGAUCAAAGCCCAGCAGGAGGCCUGGAUGGAGAAGCCUUCCUUUGGGAAGCCCCUGGAGGAGCACCUGGCUGUCAGCGGGAGGGAGAUCGCCUUCCCCGUGGAGGCUUGUGUCACCAUGCUGCUGGAGUGUGGCAUGCAGGAGGAGGGUCUCUUCCGAGUGGCUCCAUCGGCCUCCAAGCUGAAGAAGCUGAAGGCUGCCCUGGAUUGCUGCGUGGUGGACGUGCAGGAGUACUCAGCUGACCCCCACGCCAUCGCAGGAGCCCUCAAGUCCUACCUGCGAGAGCUGCCAGAGCCCCUCAUGACGUUUGAGUUGUAUGAGGAGUGGAUCCAGGCCUCCAACAUCCCAGAGCAGGAGAAGAGGCUCCAUGCCCUAUGGAACGCCUGCGAGAAGCUGCCCAAAGCCAACUACAACAACAUCAGGUACCUGAUCAAAUUCCUGGCCAAGCUGACUGAGUACCAGGACAUGAACAAAAUGACACCGAGCAACGUGGCCAUCGUGCUGGGGCCCAACCUCCUCUGGCCGCAGGCGGAUGGGAACAUGACAGAGAUGAUGACGACGGUGUCGCUGCAGAUCGUGGGCAUCAUUGAGCCACUCAUCCAGCACGCUGACUGGUUCUUCCCUGGAGACAUUGAGUUCAACGUGACGGGCAACUAUGGCAGCCCCAUGCACACCAACCACAAUGCCAACUACAGCUCCAUGCCCUCCCCGGACAUGGACCACGCCGACCGCCGCCACCAGGACCAGGCCCGGCGUCCCCUCAGCGUGGCCACUGACAACAUGAUGCUGGAGUUCUACAAGAAGGAUGGCAUGGGCGUCAGGGUGAUGGACACCUCGUGGGUGGCUCGGCGGGGCACCUCGGCGGGGCGCAAGACGUCCUCUACCCUGCCAUCUGCCCAGCCCCCCCUGCCCCCCUCCGAGCUCCCCGGAGCCCCCCACUCACCCAUCCCUGAGCACUCACCGGACGUCAUUUCAGCUGCCCCUUCCCCACCUCCCACCGCCUUCGGCUUCCCCCCGCCAGCCGAGAGGACAAGCACUUUAAAGCCCAAGGAGCCGCCCCCCCAGCCCCGAGGCAGCCCCGGGCCACCCUCUGCCCCCCUUUCUCCCGCCGAGCAGAGCCCGCACUCCCUGCGCAAAGGGGCCAAGAAGCUGGCACCCAUCCCGCCCCGGGCGUCCCCGGGGGAGCCGGGGGGUGGGCAGCCCUCCCCCGCCAGCCUCUCGCCCACCCCCCCCAGCACCCCGUCUCCCUACGGCCCCCCCCCGGGGCCCUGCCCUCCCCCUGCCCAGCUCUCCCCUCCUCCGCCUCCUCCUCCUCCUCCUCCCCCCGCCACUGCCGCCCCCAAAUCCCGUCCCACCCCGAAGCCGCGGCCGCGCCCCACGCUGCCCCCCCCGCCCCAGCCCCCUCCGGCCUCCCCCGGCCCCCCCUCGACCCCGGAGCCCCCCCGAGUGGACGCUGCCGGCCCUGGGGACGGCGCCAGGACAGGUCUGCUCCGGUUUGAGGUCCCCUCCCUCCAUGUCCCCCCCGAUGCCACCCUGUGCCGGGACCCUCCAGAGGCACCGCAGAGACUCUCGGGGCCUGAGGAGGAGGAGGAAUCAGAGAGCACAGCCCUAUGACACUGUCCCUGUCCCCAAGCUCAUCCUUGUGGCACCCGAGGGCCACCGGCACACCAGUUUUGGGUGGCAAAGCGCCCGGUUUGGGGGCAGUCGCUCUUCUUUAUUUCGUUUUGGGUUUCGCCUUAUCCAGACUUUGCCUUGUGGCCGGGGGUCUCUGCCCCCCCCCCCCC